AUGUCUUUGUCUUUUGAGGGACUCAAACCCGAGGAGUUUCAGAUUCUCGAGCAGGAAAAAAUCAUUGGCGCUUCCAUUAACGGGAAGAGAAAGGUUUCUACCGGGCUUUUGAGUCCAGAGAACAGCGAUGGAAGCACUACAUCUUCAUUAAGUUCCGGAUCCACAACUUCAAUCCGAGUCCUUCACAAAGGUGCAGCAAGCGUUGGAAGUUUCGACCUUCCGGAGAGCCUCGAGUGUCUAGCUCUUGUCGAAUAUCUUGGAUAUACGAGACCCAAAGUCGCGGAGAUUUUCACAAGAUGGUCUGCUCGUCCAGAUCCAGACUCUAAUCCAUAUGACCUUAAGAAUCACGCCCUUGUCGAACUUAUUAAUCUCGAGAGAGAGCCUCUCAGAGAUUUCCUUGAUCGACCAGCAGAGGCAAUGAGACGUCUUGGGAUUUCAGAAGAAAUGGUGAACUGCAUGACGGCUCCAGAGCAUAAAGCUAUGUUCGAGACCGGGACACUUGCUGCUUGGUUGGACAUUGCCAUGCGCUCUAGAUAUGGAACCGCGAUGCGAUAUCUCGAUAUCUUGAAGUCUCAAGCCAUCCGAACCAUCCGCACUAAGAAGGGGAAGAAGAGAGGAAAGAUUGACAGUGUUUUCCAGCCUGGUGGUUCCACUACUACCACAAAUGUCGCUUUAGCCACGAGUUCUGCUUCCAUGAGCUUGGAGUCCAAGUUUGCUGGCGAAAUGUUCCCGCGUGAGCAUGUAACAAUUGUUCAAACUCCCCCGCAGGACCGCCCAGGAUUCGUCACUUUGUACAAAGGAAAGAGCACAGGAUUCGACUAUCAGAAGCCAACGACGCUCAUCGAGGAAAACGGAAAUCUCAACAUGCAAUUCUUAGCAACAUACACUGGUGGUGAAUUCAACGGGCAGAAUUUAGCAUGGUAUUGGACGCGGGAGAAGGAGACUGCGGAGUGUUACCGCCAAUGGGCAGCAACGUACGAUGUCCACGGCGAGACAUGGAUCAUGCAGAUACAAGUUCCGGAAACAUUCUUGCAGAGCGUCAAGAUCGAGAGAUUGUGGUAUGGAUAUGACUGGAAGUAG